CUGGCUUCAUGAAGCCAGAGCAUGCCAACGCCGGGUCUUGCACCGGCUAGAACCGCGAGCACUGGCCGAGCCCGAGUCAGGGCAGAGGCCAGACUGGCCCAGCGACCCUGGAUCCGCGUGCGACAGAUGCGCCUGACUUUCCAGUCCUUCCACUGCCCCUUUUGUGCAGCAUACAUACCUCUCAGCUUCUGACAGCUUCUGACUUCUUUGCCAUUAGAGGGCCUGAACCUCGGGUGCCGAAACACAGAGCAGGUUUCCUGCUCUUCACUAGUUCACUACCUUUCCAACUAGUUACGCAAUGAAAAACAAGCCAUGCACCAUUGGAUUGUUAGGCGUGUUGCGCCAUCUCGACGUGGAAGCGCUGGGCAGCAUCUUUGGUGGCGACGCGGAGUGUUCACAAGCAUCACCGUUCUCUGGAGCCCGUUUGAGCUGCCAUGCGCUUCGUGAUAUCGUGGACAGCAGCAUCACGCACGCUCAGCUCCGGAUGUCGCCAAACCUGUUCACAACAUGGCGACCGGGGCAGCAAUCCCUGUUGGCGCGCUUCGGGCGCUGCACGCGCCUUUCCUUGGAGCUGCUCGCUAACGGCGACGAGCUCUCGGAUGAGGACGAGGGCGAGGAGAACCAACAGCCCCAGCCGCUGCUGGCAGCCCUGUGCUUUAGCGGCUUGGAGCCCGCCGCGGCCGCAGGCAUCACGCACCUUCGCCUGACCAGCUCGGAGCUUCAGCUGCGGGCGCUGGCCGGACACGCCAUCGCGGUAGCUGGCUGGCUGCGGAAUGUGCGCGAACUCGAGCUCAACUCGGCGAUACCCUACGAGGACGGCCCGGCUGACAACCGCGCCGUGUACAUCGCGCUCCGCGCGGCCCUGCCGCGUCUGGAGGCGCUGGUGCUGCCGAGUGUGGGGUUUCUGCCAGGGCUGGAGGCGUUUGCUGGCAGCGGGCUGACCGCCCUCCGCGUCACAGACAACUGGUCUAACGCCGAAUCCCUGCGCAUGCAGCAUGUCCGCAGCCUACAGCAGCUGACCCAGAUCAGCCGCCUGGAUAUCAGCGAUCUUUCCGGCAGCAUAUCCAUAGAAUGUGAUGUGGGUCAGGCAGCAGAGGCAGCUGCACUGCCCGGCUGCGAGGACGACCAGGCCACGAUGGCGGGCUUGUGUAAGGCGGACGUGGAGCAGUUGCACAGCCUGCGCCGGCUGCUGAUUGCGCCGCCGCCGGGGCUUGCUCUUCUGAAACUGGGAAGCCUUACUGUCGACAGGAGCCUGCCGCGGCAACCGGACGCGGGCAACUCUUGGGCGAGUGGCACGGUCUUUAAGUUUGAGGGCGGCGGCGGGCUGGUCUCGGUAGAGGUUCACGACGUGCACGGCGCAGACAGCCUCAACUACUUGGCGGCGGCGCUCCUCCCGGGGCUGCUUCUAGCGCCACCAGGGCAACGCCGGCUGCCGCUGCUGCGGCUUGUUAACCUCAAUGACACCGCUGGUCGCCUGCGCGAACACCUGCAGCCGCAGCGUCCCCUGGCGCGGCUGCUGGCGCUGCCUGAGCGCGUGGAGCUCAGAAUGCUAGGCUUCCAAGACGACUGGCACACCGAUCCGGAUGCCACAGCGGCGACUGUGCGCGCAGUCACUUGGUCGUUUGGGUGGCCAGGGGCGUUAUAUCUGCAUGGGCCACAUAACCUGGACUUUGGGCUGCGGUUUGGAACCGACUGCGACACCCGCCGGGGCAGCAGCGGCAGCGGCUGCGACAGACACGGCGCCGGCGGCGGCGUGGCAGCACAGCUUAGCGCAGAAGCCGCGUCAGCACUCGGGGACGCCGUGCUGCACUCGGCGGCGGAUCGGCUGUGGCAGGGCGCGGCUGCUGACGGCGGACCCGCGCUGGUAGCGGCCGCGGCGCAGGGCGCUGUAGGAGGGCGGCGCGCAGGCGCUAGGAAGGGGGCGGCGGCGGGGACGGGCGCGGCGGCGGUAGCUGGGGAGGCGCCCAGCUGCUGGCAUGGGGUGGAGGCUGUGCUGCUGCUGCGUGGCCCGCUGGUGACGCAGCAGCUGUCGGCCGGGGUUGGGGGCGCGGCUGGGCUGAAGUCCUGGCUGGAUGGCUUGCUGCUGGAGACGAAGAAGGGGAAGCAGCUCAGGGCGGCGCGAGGGGCACGGGCGCGAGCGGAUGCGGCGGGCAGUGUGGCCGCAGUGCCUGCAGCAACUGCGCCAGGCGGCUCCAGCGGCUGCGCGUGCUCUGUGGCGUCCGCUGCAGGCUUUGCGCUGGUGCAGUGCGAUGCGCCAUGGCGCCUGGUGGCUGCGCUGACCGCCGCGGGUGCGCUGGUGCCGGGGCGCCUGGAAGCCUCAGCGCUGCUCAGCUGGCCCUUUCAGUGCGCGUGGGGCGUGUACAUCAAGGAGACCUUGGAGAGCCCGUCCUGGUAUACGGGUGUGCUGGCAGCAGGAGCCGAUGGUGCAGGCGCAGGCCCGGGCGCGGGCGGCGACACCCUGGCAGCUGCUGGUGGCAGUGUCGGCAUGAGUGGCGCGCAGCAGCAGGGAACGGGGGAGGGGAAGUUGGAGCCGGCCGGGGACCAAGUCAAGCUCGAUGACGAGGAGCUCAUAGCCCAGCUGCACCGGCUCGUGCUGAUGAGCGGUCAGGCGCUGAGCAAGGUGCUGUGGGCGGGAGAUAACUAGAUAAGUGAGCGGGGGGGGGCGGAACCGCGGGCCGCGUGUGCGGCUGGAUCGCGAAAGUGACCGUGUCCGUAUGCAGGCGGCAUGAGCACCGGGGCUGAAUCACUGGUUAGGUGGCAUGAAUGCGACAUUACAAGGAGGGACAGUCCGGUGGGGAACCUCAUCUCCGGCCCCAUACCGUAGGCGGUAUGCUCAUGAAGGAGGUGUCAUCUGUGACGUGCAGAGCGUGUGGUGACGCUUGUGAGAUGGUCGGCUUUCAAGGGGUGCGUGAGGCCAAUGAUAGUUUGGCUAUCAUUGCCAAGGCUCGCAUGCGAUACUGACUAAUGGAGCAACAUGUGUGGCUGCUGCAACAUGUGUGGCUGCUAGGUGCGUGAGGUGUAAGCAGAGGUCGGGCUGCUUUGCAGCGCAUGUGUUGUGGCUGUCAAGCCGUGUGCCGUACGGAUUACAGAGGCAAGUGGGGCGCAUGCCGAAUGAAGUGACUGGCACGCGCUUGAGCGCUCGUGCGGGUAAUUUGCUCUACGCAGAGUGUUGCUGCCUUACCGUCCUAAAUUCC